AUGGACAGCAGCUUUCACGAAAGCGCAGUGGACUUUUUCAAGCGCUACCAGCACUACUGUGCCAAUGCCGUGGCAAAGGAGCUCUUCCCGGAAUUCCGAUCUCUCAAAGCCUGGCAUUUCAGAUAUGUCUUGGGCAGUUGGCAUUCAGAUGAUGACUUAGCAUGGUCAAGGGCGAAUGUGUCAAAGGAAUACAAGAAGCCGGAUGUCAUUGGCCAGUCUGCAAGGAUGGUGAAGUACAAACCUCACAACGACAAGGGCGUUAGUGUUCACGAUGGCCUUAGAUUCUACGACAACGAAAAGGCAACCAUGCCACGCAUUCUUAGCUACGGAGGUGUUUGUGGUGCCGUCUCCAAGUUUGGCGCCAGCUGCUGCCAGGCCUUUGGGGUCCCAGCUAUGCCGGUGGGGCAGCCGGGGCACUGUGCGAUGAUUUGGCGCGGACCGGGGGGCAGGUGGUGCCUUGAGAAUGAUAAUGGUGGCUGGAAUCAGUCAUGGAUGCACGACAAGAUCCAGCGAACAUGGCCAAAGGAGCUAGGGCGAUUCGCUGAGCACGCUGGCGUCAUUCCAGUCGCUGAGCGUGCUAUAAUGUCUGGGAAGUAUUCCUGCAGCGAGAGCCAGCGGCUGGCAGCGAAGUUGUCGCCUUUAGAGACUGCUGCCGAGCUGCUGAUCAAUGCGGUGCUUCUAUGUCCUGACAACCUUUGUGCAUGGGUCGAUUUGCUGGCAGUGGCCACGCCACAGCUGGCGCCAAUGCUCCACCCGCGGGUGGAAGCAUUGGAGGCACUCGCUGCCAGCGGCCCAUGGCAAGGCGGUCGCGAGCUCUCCCUGAACUGCCCUGUGCGUGCCAGUGCAGAUGUGGAGCGAGCCGGCCAUGUGGUGGAUGGCACAGACUCAGAAUGGUUCCCAACAGAAGCCGCCCCACAGUGGCUGGAGAUCGACCUCAAGAAGUUGAGUCAAGUCGAUAGGGUCAGGGUGAAAUGGUGGGGUGACUAUGGCAAGAAGAGCAGCCUGCGGGUCCUCUCACUGCUUUGGGACGAGGUGGCAGACUUCGACUAUGCGGAGGCCGUCGUCACGAGCGUGGCCGGCGGACCCACGCGGCGGACUUCAAUGGCUGGACGGAGCUGCCGGGCUGGGAGGAGCCGACCCGAGCGGUUCGCCUGGAGCUGGACCAGCCAUGCCCCGACUGCUUCGGAUUGA